CCGCCCGCAUGCGCCUGACUCCGUCUUCUUCGUCUGCACUUCUCGAAGCGCGCUUGCCGUUGCAUCACCCUCCUUUGGGUUUUCCUCUAGUUUCUGUCCUACCGUUUCCAGGAUUCCAAAAUGUUCGUCGGAGGCUUAGUUGGCCGUAACUUCACCAAUGUCAGCCACGCAGUGUCUGGGCAGAGGCAUUUCAGCAUUUUAUUAAAGAAACAAACCCCAGUUUUUGCUCAAGAUGGACUUCAACAAAGAAACAAAUCUGAGGGAGUUAAAGGUGCUGUCAUUGGUAUCGAUCUUGGUACAACUAACUCCUGUGUUGCUGUUAUGGAAGGAAAGCAAGCAAAAGUUAUUGAAAACGCAGAAGGAUCCAGGACUACUCCCUCGGUUGUUGCAUUCAGCAAAGAUGGAGAGCGCCUUGUGGGUAUGCCGGCAAAACGCCAAGCUGUAACCAACUCAGCCAAUACUUUUUAUGCAACCAAGCGCUUGAUUGGCAGACGAUUUGAGGAUGCUGAAGUCAAAAAAGACAUGAAAACAGUCUCAUACAAAAUAGUGAAGGCAUCUAAUGGUGAUGCUUGGGUACAAGCAACUGAUGGUAAAAUGUACUCACCCAGUCAAAUAGGAGCAUUCACAUUAAUGAAAAUGAGGGAGACUGCUGAAAGUUACCUUAACACCCCUGUGAAGAAUGCAGUUGUCACAGUUCCUGCAUACUUCAAUGAUUCUCAGAGACAGGCUACAAAAGAUGCUGGCCAAAUUGCUGGUUUAAAUGUUUUAAGAGUCAUCAAUGAACCAACCGCCGCUGCAUUGGCUUACGGCAUGGACAAGACUGAAGACAAAGUAAUUGCUGUUUAUGACCUCGGUGGUGGUACCUUUGAUAUUUCCAUUUUGGAAAUUCAGAAGGGAGUCUUUGAAGUCAAGUCAACUAAUGGUGAUACUUUCCUUGGUGGUGAAGACUUUGAUAAUACACUUGUGAAUUUCUUAGUUGCUGAAUUUAAGAAAGAGCAAGGCCUUGACAUCACCAAAGAUCCUAUGGCUAUGCAGCGUCUUAAGGAGGCUGCUGAGAAAGCUAAAUGUGAACUUUCAUCAUCCAUGCAGACAGACAUUAAUCUGCCUUAUCUUACAAUGGAUGCUUCAGGACCUAAACACAUGAACCUGAAGCUGACUCGUUCCAAGUUUGAAACACUUGUAGAUGGUCUUAUCAAGAAAACUGUUGACCCUUGCAAGAAGGCUCUUCAGGAUGGUGAGGUUGCCAAGUCUGAUAUCGGUGAAGUUCUUUUGGUUGGUGGUAUGUCCCGAAUGCCAAAGGUUCAACAAACAGUACAAGAAAUUUUUGGUAGGCAGCCUAGCAGGUCAGUGAACCCUGACGAGGCUGUGGCUGUGGGUGCUGCUGUGCAGGGAGGUGUUUUGGCGGGAGAUGUCACCGAUGUCUUGUUGUUGGAUGUUACCCCUCUUUCACUUGGAAUUGAAACUUUGGGUGGAGUUUUCACUCGACUCAUUUCAAGAAAUACCACUAUCCCCACCAAGAAAAGCCAGGUCUUUUCUACUGCUGCUGAUGGUCAAACGCAAGUUGAAAUCAAGGUUCAUCAAGGUGAACGUGAGAUGGCCUCUGACAACAAGUUACUUGGACAGUUCACUCUUGUUGGUAUCCCUCCUGCACCCCGUGGCGUUCCUCAGAUUGAGGUCACCUUUGAUAUUGAUGCCAACGGCAUUGUCCAUGUAUCAGCACGCGACAAGGGAACUGGCAAGGAGCAACAGAUUGUUAUUCAAUCAUCUGGUGGAUUGAGCAAAGAUGAAAUUGAGAACAUGGUACGCAAUGCAGAACAGUAUGCUGCUCAAGACAAGGUGAAGAAGGACCGUGUUGAAGCAGUCAACCAGGCUGAGGGUAUUAUUCAUGACACAGAAUCCAAAAUGGAUGAGUUCAAGGACCAAUUACCAUCCGAUGAGUGUGACAAGCUUCGCGAGCAAAUUACAAGUGUUCGCGACCUUUUGGCUAAUAAGGAAGACUCCGACCCUGAGGAAAUCCGCAAAGCAACUGGCAACCUCCAGCAGGCAUCACUUAAGCUUUUUGAAAUGGCAUACAAGAAGAUGGCCGCUGAGAGGGACAGUGGAAGCAAAAGUGAGGGUUCAUCAGAAAGCUCAUCAGAGAGCACAGAAAACCAAGCGAAGGAUGAUAAGGAUAAGGAUGAGAAGAAGAACUAAGGAACAUUUAGUUCUCUCCUCACCAGGUGUGUCCUUCAUACCAAAUGUCAAAAGUGGACUGAAUAAUUUCUUUUGACUUGGUUGGUGGGCAGUUUUAGUGAUAUUGUCUUUGUGUGAAAGUUUGCAUUUUACUCAGACUGAGUGAAUUGCUGGAUAUGUCAUCAGGGUGAUUUGAGAGGAAUGUGGAGAUUAGUAGCAAUAUAAUUGCACAGGUUUUCAAAUGUGCUGUGCACUUUUUCUUGUGUCUGUACAAAGUAUCUCUGUUCUCGUUCAAAUAGCCCACCAUAUUAUUUUUGAAGAUGUGUUGGUGUGCCUAGUUCCAAUAGUUACGCAUUUGACGGUAAGAAUGUGUGUAAGAGUCUGUGAAUGUAUGUGUGUGUGUGUCAGUUGAGGGGUGCCAAUCAGCAGGAAAGUUGCUGUUUGCUAGAUGCCAACAGUUUGAGGACAGUGAUCUCUUGAACCAGUAUCUUUAAUUUUUAAUGUGCUGACUUAGUUAUUGCUUCUCACUGUAUGAAAUUUUGAGAAGCCCGGAUUCUGUCUUAAUCUUCUGAAAAUUGUAUAUACAAUGUUCACAGUUCUCUAUAGACGAGGUGGCUGUUGAUAUUUUUAGUUGACUAUUGUUUUCAGAUUGUUUCUAGAGCAGUAUGCUUAAAUAAUUUGGACUGUCCUCGAACUGUUUGUUAGUCAUUGUCUAAACUUUAUUAGUAUGUUACCGUAGAGUCUAGUUUCAUGUAUCUUGUUUGCCAAGGAAUCUGCAGUCAUCUUUGUUUCCUAUUUUGUUACAGUUAUUGUUAUAAAAGAAUAUGUCAUCCCUACACCAGAAAUAAAAUUAAGCAUCAUUUA